AUGACUACAAACACAAUGGUAAAAGUUCUACUACUACUUAUCCUGCCACUGCCGCUGUCACCGCUUCUUUCAAGGUUGAGAAGCUAUCGCAGAUUCGAAAGAAACUCCCUGGAGUGGAUUCUAAGCCCUACUGCAAAAAUCCCACAAGGAACAAGGAUCGGGAACAACUUGUUGAGGCUUUGUGCAUGGUCUUUAGCGAAGCCAAGGGUGACAUUAGCAGGCAUACACGUCACGUUCCGGGAUGAUUGCAUUACAGAUGGUGAGACAGCUCGACAUCAGAGCAAGAGCUUUGAAGAAGCGCAUGCAUUAUCGCAAAAGGACAAGGACAAGGAUUGCACCACUGAUCAAUUCAGAUGUGGAAAGUGUGGUGAACGCAAGGCAACUUGCCACCAAUUGCAGACAAGGAGUGCUGAUGAACAUACGAUUACUUCUGUUACCUGCAACAAGUGCAACAACCGUUGGAAGUUCUGCUAG